AUGUCCAACAACACCCAGUCCUUCGACCUUCGUGCCGAAGAAGACGCCGCUCGUAGGCUCAACGUCGGCCGGGUUCUUCCAACUUCUGGCUCUGCAUCCACAUCCCGUGCCAAAGUCAGCGAGAUCGUAGGGCGGGCAUUCCUGCGGCAAAAGGCCGACGCAAUAUCAAAGAACCAUGGAGUCAAGUUUGACGACGACGCUACGCUCUACUUGACGAGCGCCAUAGAGUCUUCCCUGCGGUCACUCUUAGAGCUCACCCGCACCGCUCAAAUCCACCGAACAUCAUCAUCCCAUCUCCACCCCCCUCCCCUCUCCGAACCCCCCUCAAAAUCCGCCCCUCCAUCAGCCUCGCCCAAACCCCUCUGGUCCCACUCCCUCACCUCGCACCCUGCCUCCGUCCUCGACGCGCUCAACAGGCAGAACAGAGAUGCGGAACAAGAGUUUCGUAAACAGCGUAUGGAUCGGCUGGCGCGGGAUGCAGAGUUGCAAAAGGCGAGGGAGAGGAGAGAGCGGGCGGAGGCUUAUGCGAGGGAUAAUGGGCUCGCUACUCCGAGUGGUGUAGACGGCAAUGUGGCGGGAAGUGGAGAUGGAUCGCCAGCACAGAGCUCUGGGUCUUCGCCUAGUACUCCUGCUCCCGGCACACCAACUGCCUCGGGUACGAAAAAGAAGCCCCCAAAGAAAUCUACACCUUCCGCCUCUACCCCCGCUUCCGGCUCUGGCUCCUCACGCGAUCUUUCAGCCGAGGUGCAGCACAAGAUGACAAACUUGACAGCUAUGCGCUCAGCAGGCGUGGGCAAAAAAUAUAAUUGGAUGAUGGGGAAUGCGCCGUCUGUCAGUUCGCCUUUGGCAGGCAAGAAACGGAAAGCCGAGGGUGCUGCUGGAGGUGCGGAGAAGGGCAAGGGAAAGAGUAAAUUGGGCAUGACUGGAGGUGCGGAGGAUGACAAGGAUGAAGAAGAAGGACGUAAAGCCAAGAAACCGAGAGGCAUCCCCAUACCCGUCAGGCGCAUGGUAAACGUACUCGCCCCCCCGCCUACCCCAGGCCAAUCACACAAUCCCUACUCUUCCAACCCCUUGCAAUCGCAGCAAACCUCGGGGCAAGGGGCGGGAUCGUCAAGGCAGGUGGAAGACGAUAAAGCGUUGACGUUGACAGACCUUGUUUUCGCGCUGGAACAUGGGGGGUUGGGCGCUGCGGGUGGGCAGGGAUGGGGGAGUACGACUGGAGAUGCUUUGCAGGGUGUUUGGGCGAGAGGUGGGCCUUGA